ACGCUACACGCCGUAUCAUCCCUACACUACAUUAAACCAACCCUCUCUCCUUUUCUCACUCGCUAAAUCUGACGCCUUCUUCUUCCUUUAUCCUGCACCUCCUCCUGCGUAUCCUGCGCCCACCGCAUUCUCCACCUUCCUCCACCAUCUGUAUAGUUUCCCUCUCCCACAGAAAAUGGGCAAGGGCGGCUCAAUCAGCGAGAGCGUGAUCAAGAAGAUCCUCCUCUCCUACACCUAUGUCGCCAUCUGGAUCUUCCUCAGCUUCACCGUCAUCGUCUACAACAAGUACAUCCUCGAUAAGAAGAUGUAUAACUGGCCGUUUCCUAUCUCCCUAACCAUGAUCCACAUGUCCUUCUGCGCCACGCUCGCUUUCCUCCUCAUCAAGGUCUUCAAAUUCGUCGAGCCAGUUUCCAUGAGUCGCGAGAUGUAUCUUAAAUCAGUCGUCCCCAUUGGCGCUCUCUACUCGCUCUCGCUCUGGCUUUCCAAUUCCGCUUACAUUUACCUGUCGGUAUCAUUUAUUCAGAUGCUCAAGGCCCUGAUGCCCGUUGCCGUCUACUCGAUCGGAGUUCUUUUCAAGAAGGAGGGUUUCAAGAGCGAAACUAUGGCUAAUAUGCUCUCGAUCUCCGUAGGCGUCGCAAUUGCCGCAUACGGGGAGGCCAGAUUUGACAGCUGGGGCGUGAUCCUGCAACUGGGUGCUGUCGCUUUUGAGGCUACACGUCUGGUAAUGAUCCAAAUCUUGCUCGCCUCAAAGGGUAUCACAUUGAAUCCCAUUACUUCGUUGUAUUACGUUGCGCCCUGUUGCUUGGUUUUCCUGUUUGUGCCAUGGAUUUUUGUCGAGCUCCCGGUACUCAGGGAAUCUUCCAGUAUGCAUUUCGAUUUCGUGAUUUUUGGAACCAAUUCUCUCUGUGCAUUCGCAUUGAAUCUCGCUGUUUUCCUGCUGGUCGGAAAAACCUCUGCACUGACCAUGAACGUGGCCGGUGUUGUCAAGGACUGGUUGUUGAUUGCUUUCUCAUGGUCAGUCAUUAAGGAUACCGUGACACCCGUGAACCUAUUCGGGUACGGGCUUGCGUUCUUGGGUGUUGCGUAUUACAAUCACUCGAAACUGCAGGCUCUGAAGGCCAAGGAGGCGCAGAAGAAGGCUCAACAAGCCGAUGAGGAGGCCGGCAGGCUGUUGGAGGAGAGGGAAGGAGAAAAUGUCGGCAAGAGAAGCGAAUCACAGAACUGAUUUUGAGAGUUAGCUUCGGAAAUUAAUGGAGGAAAGAUGAUAGUAAUAAGAGCAGAAGGGUAUAGUUAGGAGGAUGCGGAGGAAGACAGAGAAAGGUUUUGUAUGCUUGAAACAACAGAAAGAAAACUUGGAGUUUUCUUUUGCUUUCUCUUGGAUGCAUUUGGGUUUUUGGUACGUUUUCUUUAGGUUUCCUUUCAUAUGCUAGCUAUGGUGGCUGUUCACAGUGACAUUAGAAGGCUUGAGAUCAAAUUCUGGUUGCUUCUUGUGCCGAUCAAUGUAUGUUGCUGGUAGAGUAAGAAUCUCAAAGGCCCUGUAUUUUGUUUUAAGUUUCUUUUUCUUUUCACUUCUUUAAUUUAUUUUCCUGUUUCUUUUUCAUAUUUUUAUAUUGAUUAUGUUGGUGUAGGUACUUGUUACAUUGAUGGAGUUAUAAUCUUAUUUAUUUAUACAUGUUCCUAUCUUAUUGUUUGACCA